CCGGGCUUCGCCCCUUCCACCGUCCCCUCCCCUGUCCCCCCUCCCUGGCCACCCUUCUGCAGUCCCCGCGUGGCGGCGGCCGCAGGAGCCACGUGUGGCGGCGGCGCGGGGAAGCGCGGCCACGCCUGGCCCGGCCAUCGUUCCCGACGCGGCGGCGGUGCGCACCGGGCAGCGGCCCCUCAGCGCGCCCGGCCGGGCCCCCGAGCGCGGCGCCGGGAGCAUGAGCGCGGGCCCGGAGCGCAGGGCGGCGGCGCCCCCCGGAGUGCUGCCCGCGCCCCGCGCCUCCAAGGUGGAGCUGCGGCUCAGCUGCCGGCACCUGCUGGACCGCGACCCGCUCACCAAGUCCGACCCCAGCGUGGUGCUGCUGCUGCAGUCCCAGAGCCAGUGGGUGCAGGUGGACAGAACGGAGGUCGUCAGAAGCAGCCUGCACCCCGUGUUCUCCAAGGUCUUCACGCUCGACUACUACUUCGAGGAGGUCCAGAAGCUACGCUUCGAGGUCUAUGAUACCCACGGACCCUGCAGCCUUGGCUGUCAGGAUGAUGAUUUCCUGGGGGGCAUGGAGUGCACCUUGGGACAGAUUGUGGCCCAGAAAAAGAUGACUCGUGCACUGCUGCUCAAGUUCGGCCGGAACGCCGGCAAGUCCACCAUCACGGUGAUCGCUGAGGACAUCUCCGGGAACAACGGCUACGUGGAGCUGUCCUUCAGGGCCCGGAAGCUGGACGACAAGGACCUCUUCAGUAAGUCAGACCCCUUCCUGGAGCUUUACCGGGUCAACGACGAUCAGAGCGAGCAGCUGGUGUACAGGACGGAGGUGGUGAAGAACGACCUCAGCCCCGUGUGGGAGCCCUUCAAGGUGUCCCUGUGUAACCUCUGCUGCUGCGAGGAGACGCGGCCUCUGAAGUGCCUCGUCUGGGAUCAUGACUCCCGCGGAAAGCACGAUUUCAUCGGGGAGUUCUCCACCACCUUUGAGGAGAUGCAGAAAGCUUUCCGGGAGCACCAGGCCCAGUGGGACUGUGUGAACGCCAAGUACAAGCAGAAGAAGCGUCAUUACAAGAACUCUGGGGUGGUGAUCUUGGCAGACCUGAAGUUCUACAGGGUUCACUCGUUCCUGGACUACAUCAUGGGCGGCUGUCAGAUCCACUUCACGAGGUUCCCCCCGGGAGGGGCUGGAGCAAGACUCAGCCCCCCCAGAAGCAGUGACACGAAGACAUGUGAGAAGGAGCAGAACGACACUUGUUUCUGCGAGCAACAACACCAGAGGCCCCAAGACCAAGCUGCGGUGGCCUGGCCUGGAGAGGCUUUGUGUCACCUCCUUGCUCCUUUGUGGACGUGUGGGUUCAUGUCGCUGGCGAGCAGCAGCCAGAGGGGCCUAAGGGAAGUGUCCCAGCAGGGGCAGGGGCAGGGGUGGCACAGGGGACCCCAGCCCAGGCAGGGCGGCCGCAGAGACAGGUGGGCCUGGUCUUGGCCUUGGGUCCCCCCCACCGCCCCUGACCCAGGGUCGUGGGUCCAUGGGACCUGUGCUGUGGGCUCAGGGAUGGUGUCCCCUGGGGGGGGCUGGUUUCCUCCUGAGGGUCCAAGCGCCGUCCCUGUGUGCUGGGAUGCCCAGCCCAGGUCGCCCUCUGUCCUCCACACCAUCACAGAGCUGGGCCCUCCUGCCGGAUUCUGGGUGCCACCCGCAGGGGGAGGGGCCUCGGCUCAGGAGCCAGGGUCUCUGCAGGUGGCCAUCGACUUCACGGCCUCCAACGGGGACCCCCGCAACAGCUGCUCUCUGCACUACAUCAACCCCUUCCAGCCCAACGAGUACCUCCAGGCUCUGCUGGCCGUGGGGGAGAUCUGCCAAGACUACGACAGCGACAAGAGGUUUUCUGCUUUGGGCUUUGGAGCCCGAAUUCCUCCCAAGUAUGAGGUGUCCCACGACUUCGCCAUCAACUUCAACCCUGAGGACGAUGAGUGUGAAGGAAUCCAGGGUGUGGUGGAGGCCUACCAGAACUGCCUGCCCAGGGUCCAGCUCUACGGCCCCACCAACGUGGCCCCCAUCAUCUCCAAGGUGGCCCGCAUGGCCGCGGCGGAGGAGCGCAGCGGGGAGGCCUCCCAAUACUACAUCCUGCUGGUCCUGACCGACGGUGUGGUGACCGACAUGGCCGACACGCGGGAAGCCAUCGUGCGCGCCUCCCAUCUGCCUAUGUCCAUCAUCAUCGUGGGGGUGGGCAACGCCGACUUCACAGACAUGCAGACCCUGGACGGGGAUGACGGCGUCCUGCGCUCCCCGCGGGGCGAGCCGGCUCUCCGCGACAUCGUGCAGUUUGUGCCCUUCCGGGAGCUCAAGAGCGCGUCCCCGGCGGCGCUGGCCAAGUGCGUGCUAGCCGAGGUGCCCCGGCAGCUGGUGGAGUACUACAGCUACAGGGAGCUGCCUCCCAGAGGCGGCGGCGCCCACGACCGGGAGGCCGGCCCCCCGGAGACCGCCGGGCCGCCGGGAGUGCAGCCACGCUCUGUCGCCAGCACCCUCGAGGUCCCUUAGCUCCCCCCUACACCCCCCGCCCCCGCCUUCCAGAGCCCUCCUGUGCCUACCCCCACCCACCCCUAUGGUCCUGUGAGCCUGCUGCCUAGACCAGACCUGGAUCCCCAGGGCUGAAGGAUGAACAAAUCCAGGCCUGGUGAUCCCCAAAACAGGUGCUGAAGGUGUGGGGGUGCUGGUGGUGGCCCCCCCAAGCCUGGCCCUGCCCCCACCAGGCCGGUCUGGAACCAUGCAGAGAAGGGAUUCCUGAGGGCGCUUGGGGAUUGGGGCAUUUCUGCUUUGCACCUGACCUCCACUGAAGAGGGACGCCAGGCUGCCCUCCAGUUGUGGAGGAGACCCCGAGAUGCCCCCAGACCCCAGACCCACAGCCAAGAUUCCUCCUGCUCCUUGCUCGCUCCCACCUCUGCGCCGGAAUCUGUGGGGUCUGUGGCUGGGAGCUGAGCAUAAUAAAGUGUCAUUUCAUCCUCGA